AGACGUCGUCGGAGGAAGGCUGAAAAAGCCCUAGGUGCUGCCGUUGCUAGUAGAAGUCGGACUUGUCUCCGGAGCUGCGCGUCUGCACAGGUCUCGGACGGAGCGGAGCUUGCUACCGCGGUCGCGGAGCCUGCCCCGUGCUCGCCCCUGCCGACGUCGCAGUGAUGGAGCCGGCCACCGUGCUGCCCCCAGGCCCGCGUCCGGCACUACCCCUCGGGGGCCCGGGCCCGCUGGGCGAGUUCCUGCCUCCCCCCGAGUGUCCGGUCUUCGAGCCCAGCUGGGAAGAGUUCGCUGACCCCUUCGCUUUCAUCCACAAGAUCCGGCCCAUAGCCGAGCAGACUGGGAUCUGUAAGGUGCGGCCGCCGCCGGAUUGGCAGCCACCAUUUGCUUGUGACGUUGAUAAACUUCAUUUUACGCCACGUAUCCAGAGGCUAAAUGAACUGGAGGCCCAAACACGUGUAAAAUUGAAUUUCCUGGACCAGAUUGCAAAGUAUUGGGAACUACAGGGAAGUACUCUGAAGAUUCCACAUGUGGAGAGGAAGAUCUUAGACCUGUUCCAGCUUAAUAAGUUAGUCGCAGAAGAAGGUGGGUUUGCAGUUGUUUGCAAGGAUAGAAAAUGGACCAAAAUUGCCACCAAGAUGGGUUUUGCUCCUGGUAAAGCUGUGGGUUCACACAUCAGGGGGCAUUAUGAGCGAAUCCUCCAUCCGUACAACUUAUUCCUGUCUGGAGACAGUUUGAGGUGUCUUCAGAAGCCUAACCUGACGUCAGAUACAAAGGACAAGGAGUACAAACCCCAUGACAUUCCCCAGAGGCAGUCUGUACAGCCCUCAGAAACCUGUCCUCCAGCCCGCCGAGCAAAGCGCAUGAGAGCAGAGGCUAUGAAUAUUAAAAUAGAACCCGAAGAGGCAACAGAAGCUAGGACUCAUAAUCUGAGACGUCGAAUGGGUUGUCCAACUCCAAAAUGUGAAAAUGAGAAAGAAAUGAAAAGUAAUGUCAAGCAAGAACCCAUUGAGAAGAAAGACUGCGUGUUAGAAAGUGAGAAGGAAAAGCCCAAGAGUCGGUCUAAAAAAGCCACCAAUGCUGUGGACCUGUAUGUAUGCCUCUUAUGUGGCAGCGGCAAUGAUGAGGACCGGCUCCUCCUAUGUGAUGGCUGUGAUGACAGUUAUCAUACCUUCUGCUUAAUUCCCCCUCUCCAUGAUGUUCCUAAGGGAGACUGGAGGUGUCCUAAGUGUUUGGCUCAGGAAUGUAGCAAGCCACAAGAAGCAUUUGGCUUUGAACAAGCAGCAAGGGAUUAUACUCUCCGUACAUUUGGGGAAAUGGCAGAUUCAUUUAAAUCUGACUACUUCAACAUGCCAGUCCAUAUGGUUCCUACAGAACUGGUGGAGAAGGAGUUUUGGCGACUGGUAAGCACUAUUGAAGAAGAUGUCACUGUGGAGUAUGGAGCUGAUAUCGCUUCAAAGGAGUUUGGCAGUGGCUUUCCUGUACGAGAUGGGAAAAUCAAGGUUUCUCCUGAGGAAGAGGAGUAUCUUGAUAGUGGCUGGAAUUUGAAUAAUAUGCCAGUGAUGGAGCAGUCUGUCCUUGCUCAUAUUACUGCUGAUAUAUGUGGCAUGAAACUCCCUUGGUUGUAUGUGGGCAUGUGCUUUUCUUCCUUCUGUUGGCAUAUUGAAGACCACUGGAGCUAUUCAAUCAACUACCUUCACUGGGGUGAGCCAAAAACCUGGUAUGGAGUUCCAGGAUAUGCUGCAGAGCAGCUAGAAAAUGUAAUGAAGAAACUAGCUCCAGAGCUGUUUGUGUCCCAGCCAGAUCUCCUCCACCAGCUGGUGACCAUCAUGAACCCCAAUACUCUGAUGACUCAUGAAGUGCCUGUUUAUCGAACAAAUCAAUGUGCUGGGGAGUUUGUGAUCACAUUUCCAAGAGCCUAUCACAGUGGUUUCAACCAAGGUUUUAAUUUUGCCGAGGCUGUUAACUUCUGCACUGUUGAUUGGCUACCAUUGGGCCGCCAGUGUGUGGAGCAUUACCGCUUGCUACACCGCUAUUGUGUCUUUUCCCACGAUGAGAUGAUAUGCAAAAUGGCUUCCAAAGCUGAUGUACUAGAUGUUGUAGUGGCAUCGACUGUUCAGAAAGACAUGGCUAUUAUGAUUGAGGAUGAAAAAGCUUUAAGGGAAACUGUGCGUAAAUUGGGAGUAAUUGACUCAGAAAGAAUGGAUUUUGAACUGUUGCCAGAUGAUGAGCGUCAGUGUUUACAAUGCAAGACAACAUGCUUCAUGUCUGCCAUCUCCUGCUCUUGUAAACCUGGCCUGCUUGUUUGCUUACAUCAUGUGAAACAAUUAUGUUCCUGCCCCCCUUAUAAGUAUAACCUGCGGUAUAGAUACACUCUGGAUGACCUCUAUCCCAUGAUGAAUGCAUUGAAGCUUCGAGCAGAGUCUUACAAUGAAUGGUCCUUAAAUGUGAAUGAAGCUUUGGAAGCAAAGAUCAACAAGAAGAAAAGUCUGGUCAACUUCAAAGCUUUAAUUGAAGAAUCAGAAAUGAAGAAGUUCCCAGACAACGAUCUUCUGCGUCACCUGCGCUUAGUCACACAGGAUGCAGAAAAGUGUGCCUCUGUUGCCCAGCAGUUGCUUAAUGGCAAAAGACAGACAAGGUACCGAUCUGGUGGAGGAAAGUCUCAGAAUCAAUUGACAGUGAAUGAGCUCCGACAAUUUGUGACUCAGUUGUAUGCUCUUCCCUGUGUCCUUAGUCAAACACCAUUGCUAAAGGAUCUCUUGAAUCGGGUAGAAGAUUUCCAACAACAUAGCCAAAAACUACUGUCUGAGGAAAUGCCUAGUGCUGCUGAGCUACAGGACUUACUGGAUGUCAGCUUUGAAUUCGAUGUUGAACUUCCACAACUCGCUGAGAUUCGUAUUCGCUUAGAGCAGGCUCGUUGGCUAGAAGAGGUGCAGCAGGCUUGCCUAGACUCCAGUUCACUUUCUUUGGAUGAUAUGAGACGUCUCAUAGACUUAGGGGUGGGGCUGGCUCCAUAUGCAGCAGUGGAGAAAGCUAUGGCCCACCUGCAAGAACUGCUUACAGUUUCAGAGCACUGGGACGACAAAGCUAAAAGUCUUCUUAGAGCAAGACCACGGCAUUCUUUGAGUAGCCUUGCUACAGCAGUAAAGGAGAUUGAGGAGAUCCCUGCCUAUCUGCCCAAUGGUGCAGUCUUAAAAGAUUCAGUGCAGAGAGCCAGAGACUGGCUUCAAGAUGUAGAUGCAUUGCAGGCAGGAGGACGUGUGCCAGUGUUAGAAACACUCAUCGAACUUGUUGCAAGAGGCCGAUCUAUCCCAGUACAUCUGAAUUCUUUACCAAGAUUGGAGUUACUAGUAGCCGAGGUUCAGGCUUGGAAAGAAUGUGCUUCUAAAACAUUCUUGACUGAGAAUUCUCCAUAUUCUUUGUUAGAGGUGCUUUGUCCUCGUUGUGAUAUUGGCCUUUUGGGGUUGAAAAGGAAACAGAGAAAAUUGAAGGAGCCUUUACCAACUGGGAAGAAGAAAAGCACCAAAUUAGAGAGUCUGAGUGACCUGGAGAGGGCCUUAACUGAAAGCAAAGAGACUGCUUCAGCUAUGGCAACUCUUGGGGAAGCUCGCCUAAGAGAGAUGGAAGCUUUGCAGUCUCUCAGAUUUGCCAAUGAAGGGAAAUUGCUGUCACCUGUCCAAGAUGUAGAGAUGAAAGUCUGCCUGUGUCAGAAGACUCCAGCUAUUCCCAUGAUCCAGUGUGAACUCUGCCGGGAUGCUUUCCACACUAGUUGUGUGGCAGUACCUAGUAUUUCACAAAGCCCCCGAAUCUGGCUUUGUCCUCAUUGUCGGAGGUCAGAGAAGCCUCCAUUAGAGAAAAUUCUGCCCCUGCUGGCCUCCCUGCAGCGUAUUCGAGUUCGUCUUCCUGAGGGGGAUGCACUUCGCUACAUGAUUGAAAGAACCGUGAACUGGCAGCAUAGAGCCCAGCAACUGCUUUCUUCAGGGAAUCUAAAACUUGUGCAAGACCAAGUGGGCUCUGGACUGUUGUUUAGCAGAUGGCAGGCCUCAGCAGGACAGGCACCAGAGACAAACAAGGUGUCUCAACCUCCUGGUACAGCAUCCUUUUCCUUGCCCGAUGACUGGGACAACAGAAGCUCAUAUUUGCAUUCUCCCUUCUCUGCUGGACAGAGUUGUGUCCCCCUCCAUGGUGUGAGUCCAGAAGUGAAUGAAUUAUUGAUGGAAGCCCAGUUGCUCCAGGUAUCCCUUCCUGAAAUUCAGGAGCUUUAUCAGACUUUACUUACAAAGUCAAGCUCUGCUCAACAAACAGACCGAAGCUCACCAGUUAGAGCCAGUAGUGAAAAGAAUGAUUGCUUUCGAGGAAAGCGAGAUGGAAUCAACAGUCUGGAGAGAAAACUGAAGAGGCGCCCUGAAAGAGAAGGCCUUCCCAGUGAACGGUGGGAUCGGAUUAAAAAAAUGCGGACACCCCAAAAGAAGAAAAUAAAAUUGAGUCACCCCAAGGACAUGAACAAUUUCAGAUUAGAAAGAGAGCGUAGCUAUGACUUAGUCCGUAAUGCUGAAGCGCACUCCCUGCCCUCAGACGCGUCCUACUCGGAGCAGGAGGACUCUGAGGACGAAGAUGCCGUCUGUCCCGCUCUGAACUGCCUGCAGCCAGAAGGCGAUGAGCUUUCGCCACCCGGCGCCCGGAAGGUGGGAGGGAUGCUGAUGGAGUGCCCUUGUGCUUACGGUCCCAGGGCAGCGCUGUCUGCCCCAAAGCAGGCACAACUUGAAGAGUGACUCUGCCUCGGUUGCUUUGGCGGUGGGACAGCUAGACUCCUGUGGUUAGCUGUUGUGCCAGAGGCCCCAGUGCUGAGACAGUGGCCAUUAGUGGCACACGGCCUGAAUAUCUUGAGGCUGGCCUGCCCAAUUUUGAAUGGCAUUUUUUUUCCUCUGAACACCCCAUCUUCCUGCUCUUUGUAACCAGGUGGACUGGGUCCAGUGUGAUGGCAGCUGCAAUCAGUGGUUUCAUCAGGUCUGUGUUGGUGUCUCUCCAGAGAUGGCAGAGAAGGAAGACUACAUCUGUGUGCGCUGCACUGCAAAGGACGCACCAAGCCGAAAGUAAAAACAAAACACACUUCAUAUAAUUCAGGACUCCAACAAAGAAGAUUUCCUCAAUCUCAGCAAAGCUACAGGACUGGGGUCAAACCAGCCUGUACACGGUGCUAUUUCUAUUCCUUGCGGGAUCAUUUUUCCAGAACUCUUUGAAAAAAAGAAAAAAAAAACAACUAAAAAAAUUUUUGACACUUUUUGUAUUUUUUUCCUUAAGAGCUGUUUGUGGUUGUCGAAUUAAACUGCUGACUGUUUUUGCAGGGGUUGCCGAUUUCGAAGGUGUUGGAGUUUGCACCUUUUGUGUACAGCAUUAACAUUAUACUUUUGCCUGGGAUAUACCGGCUUAAGAGUUCAACUCAGUUUCAGGGCCCAGCAUGGGCACCAGAAUUCCAGUAACCCUCACUGAGCGACUGUUCUCCUUACUCUGUUCCACAUUGGGGGCUUUUUAAGUUUUUCACUUUGGGGUUUUUGUUCUUUUCUUUCUCUACUUCUUUUUCUUUCUGGUAGGUUAGGUUUAUUUAUCUGAGCAAUAACUUCUAUGUUGGUUUCAGUGGCUGGAAUUAAAACAAAACAAACUUCUCAACAGUGUGUUGGUGCUUUAGCAUUUGGUUAAUAAUGUACAGAACGCAAUGUCUAGUUUCUAGUGUCACUGAUGACCUAGUGAUGUAGAAGGAGACUGCGCUGUAAGUAAUCGCCACGGCUGUAUUCUGGCUUUGUCCCUGCCCAUUCCCCCCCCCCUUUUUUUUUUUUUUAGAUUGUAUCAAAUGUUGCAGUUUAUAUUGUGGAAUAAUAAAUCCUUGGUCCUAUUGUAAAACUAGACUGCAGCUUCUUCUGCCCCUCUACCUUGUGGUCCUACAGAACCAGAAGGGGUUGCUUGCUUGUGGUUCUCCCCAGGCAGGCUACAAUAGGAGUGUGUUUUCCUUCAAACUUGCAGAAACUGUCUUUGUAGCCUGAUUCUUUAGGUAGGCCCUUGCCUUCAUGCUCCACUAAUAAAGAACCCCUGUCUUUAAAGACCAGAGCCAAUCCUUCAAGCCAUGAUUUUUAUAAAUAAGCUCUCAGAAUGUUGGAGUUGUUCCCACAUCACUCCAGACUUGAAAUAAGUCCUUAUGAAAUGUUUUUUUAUCAUUUAACUUGUCAGGGAAAUUUGGUUGAGAGUUAAGAUCCUGGGAUUCAUCAUCUUAGAGGGUUGGUUUUAUUGUAUCAGUUGAAGGGAAACUUGGGACUAACAGUCCUGCCUGCCUGGGCUUCCUCUCCCAAUUCUGUAGUUCCGUCCAUCUUCACUGGCUGCAGGCAACCAUGCCCAUAGCGGUAUUCCUCCAUUCUGCAGAGGGACAGGGUUCCUGGUGAGCAGAACAGCAGGCUCGAGCUCACUUCUCCUGAGUUGUCGCAGGAGAACUUGCUUUCCUCACUGUUGAUAGCCAUAAGCCUGAUGGUGGGUAGAGCUAGUAGAUCUUUAUAAAACAUCAAGAAAGUUUGUGAUGGAGCAGAGAUUUAAAUGUACUAUCCCCUUUAUGCAAUCCAGACGAUUUAAUCUGUUUAAGAAUAAUUCCUAGUGGUCUGCAGUGUCCUGCAGUUAGUUGCUGUGGCGUCUCUUGUCCGGGGAUGAACGUAAGCUUUGAAGACACUAUGGAGGCCAGGGGUACAGCUCGGUGGUAGAGCGCUUGCCUAGUAUAAGCAAGACCCCUGAUCUCAUAUCCUGCACUACCAAUAAAGAACUGCUGUUAAAACAAGUCUGCCUUGAUGGCCUUUCAGCCCUAGUAUGAGCCUCUUCCCUCCAGGUCUUAACAGUUGUUUGGUUUGCUCAUUGGAGGUAAGAGUCAUGUGACCCAGGCUAGUUAUAUAAUCGAGGAUGACAUUGAACUUACUGUUGUCAGGCCUCUACCCCUGAAUUCUGGGAUUGUUGGUGUGCACCACUAUGCCUAGUUUAUGUGAUGCCAGAGAUCAAACUGAGGGCCUUGUGUAUGCCAGGCAGUCACUCUGCCACAUGAACUCUCUCUGCACCCCUCACCAGCUUUUCUUGUGCACAAUCUCUGAGAUAGCUGCUACUUCGUUGAUGGGAGAUUUGAACAGUCUCCUCCCACAGUGGGAAUCAUGUUUUUUUUCUCUUUUCUUUUUUUCAAUGUGUCAAAUUGAUACCACAACAGAAGUGUGAACUGCACAAAAUCAUACUAUGAGUCAAAAUCAAAUGACACCUAGGAUUUCUUCAGGUGUAUUUAUCUAUGCUAUCUUGUACAGUAUCUAACAUUGCAGAUGUUAGAGCCAUUCAGCUUCCAACUUAGGCCAUCUGUUGUCCUGACUACAAACUAAAGCGUUAUUAAAAAAUACAUUUCAUUAUGUGUUAGCUUUGAAGCUUGGUGAUACCUUAGCAGGGGUUCUCAACCUGUGGGUCAAGACCCCUUUGGCAACUCUUAUCUCCAAAAGUGUUUACAUUACAACUCUUAACAAUACCAAGAUUACAGUUUUAAGUAGCAAAGAAGGUAAUUUUUUGACUGGGGGUCACUACAACAUGAGGGUCACAGCACUAGAAAGGGUGAAAACCACUGCUUUAGAGGAACAUUGGAUAUAAGAUUAAAAUGGCAGCUGACACAUGAGUUUCCAUCUUAGUGGCCCUGCAGUCCUUGGACUUAGAGAAGAGGACUGGAGUUAGAGCCUUAGUCAGGAGGGGGACAAAUAGCGAGAUUGGAGAACUCUGCAGCAAAGGCUGGGACAGAACACUCCACGUCACUUGAGUGACUGUUACCAGAAGGCCUCUUGUGGAGCAU